UCCAGCUCUAUAGCAUAAAGUCAAAACUUCGUAGAUUUAACGACUCAUAGCAAUCGUUUGAAGCCUCCUUUUGCAACCACAACAAGAUAAACAACAACGACAACCCAACCAUAACAUGGAGAACGUCGAAGAGGCCCCACCACUCUCUUCGGAGAGCAACAGCAAUAGCAACAACAGCAGCGCCAGCAGCAGCUCUCACCAGCUCUCUCAAUCGGGAGCCAUGGGUGCCGAAAUAGCCCCCUCUACGUCUCGGUCACACUCUCAUUCGCCCACACCCUCGCCCCCCGUCCCCGCGUCCUCUCACGACCAACCCCAUCCCGAUCACCCGAGUCCCCCAUUGAAUGCAUCUGAAACGGAGGCUCGCGAGAAUUCACCACAUGAUCACUCACCCACUCCUACUUUCCACCAGACUGCACCGCCACCCACGACUUCAUCGACGGCACCGCAGCGGGACGAGCGGGAGCAGCAACAGCAGCAGCAGCAAGAGGCGCCACCAUUGCAGCAGGAUCAGCAGGAGAAUCCGCCCGCGCAGGACCAGGAGCUGCACCCAUUGCUGGAUCAACAGAAUCAAGAAUAUCCGGCAGUGCAACAGGAUCAACAAGCGGAGCUAAACCAGGAGUUGCAUCACAUAGAGGGGCUUAUCAGGCACCGAGAAUCGCAGAAUCAGGAAGAGCAUCCACCACAAGCAUCACUGGAAAACCGGGAGCCAUCAGGACAAGAAGAUACCAACCAAGAACCGGAUGAGCCGCAAGAUCGAGAUCCCGAAAUCGAACCAGAAGCCGAGCCACCGCCACCGCUGCUUCUUGAAGAUCUGGACGAGCAGGACUCCGGAUCGCAGGAUCUUAACGAGCAGCAGCCGCCACUGAUUAUAGACGCCAACGCCAUAGCCGAGACCAUAGACGCCAACGCCGUGGAGCGCAUCGACGACUACGAAGACGACGACGAGGAGGUGGAUGAAGAGGAGGAGGUGGUAGAGGACCGGGUCGACAGAGCCGGCGAAGUCGCAUCCGUUUCCGGUGCCCAGCGCCUGCACUCGGUGGCCGUUUUGCCGCGCUACUCCUCAGCCUCACGAGCCCCAAGGAGCAGCAACAAUAACAACAACAAUAUCAGCAACCACAACAACAAUAAUAACAACACCAACAGUAGCAGCCUCUCGCGACGCACUCGCCACUUCUACAGCAACAACGGCAGUCACUUCAGCAACGACAUGUUCCCCAGCCACGCCCCCCGCAGCAGCACCCAGACAUCAUCGCCCCGGGUCGGAGGUCGCCGCCAUCACUCGACCCCCGCCGCCAGCUCCAAUUCGCCACAGCACCAGGGCGUGGAUCCCCUAAGGCUGCUCUAUCCCAAUGUCAACGAGAGCGAGACUCCGCUGCCCAGGUGCUGGAGUCCCCAUGACAAGUGCUUGUCCAUCGGAUUGUCGCAGAACAACCUGAGGGUCACCUACAAGGGUGUGGGCAAGCAGCACAGUGAUGCCGCCUCAGUGCGCACUGCCUAUCCGAUCCCGUCCUCCUGCGGACUGUACUACUUCGAGGUGCGGAUAAUCUCCAAGGGACGCAACGGCUACAUGGGCAUUGGCCUAACUGCCCAGCAGUUCCGUAUGAACCGCCUGCCAGUAGGUUGGGACAAACAGUCGUACGGGUACCACGGCGACGAUGGCAACUCGUUUAGCUCCUCGGGAAAUGGCCAGACCUACGGCCCCACAUUUACCACCGGCGAUGUGAUUGGAUGUUGCGUCAACUUUGUGAACAACACGUGCUUCUACACCAAGAACGGAGUGGAUCUGGGCAUCGCAUUUAGGGAUUUGCCGACUAAGCUUUAUCCCACUGUGGGCCUACAGACUCCUGGCGAGGAAGUGGAUGCCAACUUUGGUCAGGAACCAUUCAAGUUCGACAAGAUCGUCGAUAUGAUGAAGGAGAUGCGCUCCAAUGUGCUGCGCAAGAUCGACCGAUAUCCACAUCUACUGGAGACCCCAGAAAACCUAAUGAAUCGCCUGGUUUCCACCUAUUUGGUGCAUAAUGCGUUCAGCAAGACGGCCGAGGCCUUCAAUGGCUACACAAAUCAGACUUUUAACGAGGACUUGGCAUCGAUCAAGACACGUCAAAAGAUCAUUAAGCUCAUACUGACAGGCAAAAUGAGCCAGGCCAUCGAGCACACACUACGCUCUUUCCCCGGACUUCUGGAAAAUAAUAAAAAUCUCUGGUUCGCAUUGAAGUGCCGCCAGUUCAUUGAGAUGAUCAAUGGAGCAGACAUUGAGAACGUGAACAACAAAGUCACCGCCACCACACAGACCAUGCCCACAAACCAGACGUCAGUGAUACAGUCCACCAAGACGUUCAAGCACAGCAAGAGCGGCAAUGGAAAUGGCAACGUCAACAUAAAUCAGACUCAACAACAGAACAACACUGCGAUUCCAGCUGUGAUAAAGCCACAAGGCGGCGAUAGGCCAGAUAUAAAAAACAUGUUGGUUGACGACAACUCCAACAAGUGCGUGGAGCACGACAGCAACAGCAUGGACGUAGAAAUGGAGCCCUGCCAGAGUCACUCCAACGGCGGGGACUCGAGCUCCAAUGGCAAUGCCAGCGCAGUGCGCAACUCUCUAGAUGCCAUCGACGAGGAAAUGGAUGUAGAUGUUUCCCCCUCAUCGCGUAACUGUGGUCGUGUGAUCGAGAAGAUCCUUGAGUUCGGCAAGGAACUGUCCAGCAUGGGCCAGCAGCUGGAGAAGGAGAACCUAAUGACUGAAGAGGAGCGUCAAAUGUUGGAGGAUGCAUUUAGUCUGAUUGCCUACUCUAAUCCUUGGUCCAGUCCGCUGGGCUGGCUGUUGUGUCCCUCGCGACGUGAGAGUGUUUCCACCACGCUCAACUCGGCCAUAUUGGAGUCCCUGAACUUCGAGCGUCGUCCGCCGCUGGAAUACCUUGUGGCUCACGCCUCGGAGCUGAUCAAGGUGAUCGGACAGCACUCGCUGGGCGAGGACGCUUUCAUUACCAUCGACGAUGUGUUCCCGCAAAAUUGACCCAGUUCCCCGAC